CCUCCACCUUCCUUCAUUGUGUAGUCUUUCCCACAUUUCUGGCUCCUUCAACAACUCAACAUCUGCCCCCAUUUCCCCAUUCUUGAUUUCACUUCAUUUCUCAACAAUCUUCAAAAGGGUGUUCCCUCAGUGGUUUUUUACUCUUCCCCACAUCACAGAUCUGACUAAAAAACCGAUCUUUUUCAAUGUCUCAUCAUCCAUUGAAGGCAGUGACACUUACCCAUGUUAGAUACAGAAAGGGUGAUCAAUUAGGCCAUUUCUUAGCGUGGGUUUCAUUGGUUCCUGUAUUUAUAAGCCUUGGUGGUUUCAUUUCUCACUUCAUUUUUCGUAGAGAGCUUCAAGGUAUGUUCUUUGCAAUUGGGCUUAUCAUUUCUCAGUUUAUCAAUGAAAUUAUCAAGAAAUCAGUUCAGCAAGCCCGACCCGAAACUUGUGCACUUCUUGAAAUGUGUGAUUCUCAUGGAUGGCCUUCUAGUCAUUCCCAAUACAUGUUUUUCUUUGCUGUGUAUUUUACUCUAUUGACUUAUAAGAAAUUGGGGCUAAUUUUUAGAAAUCAGUUGUUGGUUGCGGUUGUUUUGGUUUGGCCAUUGGCGGUUUUGACGAUGUAUUCGAGGGUGUAUUUGGGUUAUCAUACGGUUGCACAGGUGUUUGCUGGUGCUGCUUUGGGGGCUGUGCUUGGUUGGGGUUGGUUUUGGAUUGUUAACAAUGUGCUCAGUGGUUUAUUUCCUGCUAUUGAAGAGAGUGCUUUCGGGAGGUUCUUUUAUGUUAAGGACACUUCUCAUAUUCCUAAUGUUCUGAGAUUUGAGUAUGAGAAUGCAAGGUCUGCGAAGAAACACCCGUCCUACAAGCGUGCUGAUUGAUUACUUGCCGUUCACUGGUAAGAGAAUUUAUGUUCUUUUUGUUACAAUGGUGGUGAUUAUGAUGUGAAAUGAGAUUAAAUGUAGAAGUGUGGAUCAUAUAGCAGACACCAACUUGAUUGGCACUGAGGCGUAGUUGUUGUAAUUUGUUUAUUUUAAAUAACCCUUAUUUUGUCUAAAAUUACAUAUUAUUAUUUGAAUGUCGGAAUGAAAUGUGUCCAAGUGGAGUGGAAUGUAUAUUG